UCGGAGCAGACACGUACACACUUCUGCGUCUUAGUCCAAGCAAGACUCUUAGAUAGUUACAUCUAUCUCUUUGUCCACGGGAAAGGGACUCGUUACCGCCAGUAUUCACACGUGUCAGAGACCUACUCAACAUGGCGACCCCGGCUGUAUCUCAUCUGGUAAAUGAGAAGGGAAGUAACGGACGUGGAGAAGAUAUUCCGCGUACACACAAGUGUGGCGAGUGCGGCAAGGAGUUUCGUCGACUGCGUGACUUGAAGGUACACAUGCGGAGAGACCGUUUAUGUGCGAGGAUUGCGGCAAACAUUUUAGUGUGCUGAGUCAUCUGAAGAGACACAUGCGGACUCAUACCGGUGAGAAGCCGUAUAGGUGCGAUGAAUGCAGCAAACAGUUCAGUGCGCUGUUUAAUCUGAAGCAGCAUAUGAAGACUCAUACUGGUGAGAAACCUUACAGAUGUGAGGAGUGCAGCAGGCAGUUUAGUGAGCAGGGUUCUCUGAAGAAGCAUGUGAGGACACACACUGGUGAACAACCGUACAAAUGUGAGGAGUGCGGCAGACAGUUCAGUGAGCUAGGUAAUCUGAAGAAGCAUAUAAUGACUCACACAGGUGAAAAACCUCACAAGUGUGAGGAGUGCGGCAAACAGUUUAGUCAGCUUGGUGAUCUGAAGAGCCACAUACGGACACAUACAAGUGAGAAGCCCUACUUGUGUGAUGAAUGCAGCAAACAGUUUACUUACCAGAGUGGCCUGAAGAAACAUAUGCGGACUCAUACCGGUGAAAAGCCAUACAGAUGUGAGGAGUGCGGCAGACAGUUCAGUGUGCUUGGCCACCUGAAGAGCCACAUGCGGACUCAUACCUGUGAGAAGCCAUAUAAGUGCGAUGAAUGCAGCAAACAGUUUAGUCAUCAUAGUAAUCUGAAGAGACAUAUGAUGAACCACAAUGCCCUACAGAUGUGAGGAAUGACAGUGUUAUGCGCUGGGUUAUCUAACUAGGCAUCAUGCGGACUCACUCUGGCAAAAAGCAUAUGAGCAGUGAAGACAGUGCAACAGACAGGUUAUCUAAAGAGCCACAUAUAUGGGAUUUAUACUGGUGGAACCCUACAGGUGUACAUUAUGCAAUAUUAGCUUCUGCCAGUUAGACCAUCUACAGAGCCACAAGCGAACCCACAGCAAAGUUCACAGCUGCCGGUGUGAAAGUUACGGACACGUUCGACAGCAGGGAAAAUCGGAAGCAGCGAACAGAAGCCACGAACCAACGUUCGUAUGUGUAUAUAAUUCACUGGCACUGAUACAAUAUGUAGGCUUCGUUGUAGAAUUUGUUGAUUAUACUUAGUAUGUUGAUAUUUGAAGACAAUUGCGUAUUUUCGUAAACUGUUUGCGUACAGAUUUCCCUAACUAAUGUGGAGAUAAGAAAGUUCAAGUUGCUGUUGGGGUCUUUGUUUAGGAAUAGUGGUAGUUUUGACACGUAGAAGUUUUCUGCCAAAUCAACCAUUGAAUUUUUUUUAGUUUCAUAUUUUGCUUUUGUAUAGAAUGCUAAAAUGCAAGAUUGCUAGGACAUAGUUGUUUAGAAUAAUUCAGAUGUAUCUGCAGAUUUAUAAUAUUUGAGUAGCUACAUGUACAUGGUAUGAACAGGAACUGUUUAUUGUUUCUUUUUAGAGUAAUACUAUGAAACAUGUAACGCUAGUUCACCUUUAUUCGCAGCGUAACCUUU